GCGCCCUGCUCGGCGCGCCCCUCCCUCCGCCCGCCCGCCGGCCCGCCCGUCAGUCAGGCAGCCAGGCAGUCGGUCCGAGAGGCCGUGGGCUCUUUGCUUCUCCCGCACCGCGCCCUCCUUCCUCCUUUCGGGCCAGCGCCGGCGGCUGCACCGGCGGCGUCGCGGUCCCUUCGGGAGGCGCGGCAGGAGUUGCGCGGCAGCCGCGGAGUGUCAACCCAGCGCGGCGGAGGCGGCGGCGGCCCGGCAGCCAACAUGGCGGCGGCGGCGGCGGCGGGCGCGGGCCCGGAGAUGGUUCGCGGGCAGGUGUUCGACGUGGGGCCGCGCUACACCAACCUCUCGUACAUCGGCGAGGGCGCUUAUGGCAUGGUGUGCUCUGCUUAUGAUAAUGUCAACAAAGUUCGAGUAGCUAUCAAGAAAAUCAGUCCUUUUGAGCACCAGACCUACUGCCAGAGAACCCUGAGGGAGAUAAAAAUCUUACUGCGCUUCAGACAUGAAAACAUUAUUGGAAUCAAUGAUAUUAUUCGAGCACCAACCAUCGAGCAAAUGAAAGAUGUAUAUAUAGUACAGGACCUCAUGGAAACAGAUCUUUACAAGCUCUUGAAGACACAACACCUCAGCAAUGACCAUAUCUGCUAUUUUCUUUACCAGAUCCUCAGAGGGUUAAAAUAUAUCCAUUCAGCUAAUGUUUUGCAUCGUGACCUCAAGCCUUCCAACCUGCUGCUCAACACCACCUGUGAUCUCAAGAUCUGUGACUUUGGCUUGGCUCGUGUUGCAGAUCCAGACCAUGAUCACACAGGGUUCCUGACAGAGUAUGUAGCCACACGUUGGUACAGGGCUCCGGAAAUUAUGUUGAAUUCCAAGGGCUAUACCAAGUCCAUCGAUAUUUGGUCUGUAGGCUGCAUUCUGGCAGAAAUGCUCUCCAACAGGCCCAUCUUUCCAGGGAAGCAUUAUCUCGACCAGCUGAACCACAUCCUGGGUAUUCUUGGAUCCCCAUCACAGGAAGACCUGAAUUGUAUAAUAAAUUUAAAAGCUAGAAACUAUUUGCUUUCUCUUCCACACAAAAAUAAGGUGCCAUGGAACAGGCUGUUCCCAAAUGCUGACUCCAAAGCUCUGGACUUACUGGACAAAAUGUUGACAUUUAACCCUCACAAGAGGAUUGAAGUAGAACAGGCUCUGGCCCACCCUUAUCUGGAGCAGUAUUACGAUCCAAGUGAUGAGCCGAUCGCUGAAGCACCAUUCAAGUUUGACAUGGAAUUGGAUGACUUGCCUAAGGAAAAGCUCAAAGAGCUCAUUUUUGAAGAGACCGCUAGAUUCCAGCCAGGAUACAGAUCUUAAAUUUGUCAGGACAAGGGCUCAGAGGACUGGACGUGCUCAGAUGUCGGUGUUCUUCUCCCCAGUUCUUGACCCCCGUUCUGUCUCCAGCCCAUCUCGGCUUAUCCACUUUGACUCCUUUGAGCCGUUCAGAGGGGCGGUUUCUGGUAGUUGUGGCUUUUAUGCUUUCAAAGAAUUCCUUCAGGCCAGAGAGUCCCUCCUGGCAGCCCUGUGUGUGUCACCGUGGGUGACCUGCGACAGUCGGUACCUUCGGUGCACCUGUUGCUACCGUUGCUUUAGUCGCUAAUCACUUUCUGAUUUGAAAGAUGCAGUGGUUCCUCCCUCUCCUGAAUCCUCUCCUACACCACACCCCGCUGACCUGUGCGGCAUACCAGAGAGGGAUUCUUCCCAGAUUGGCUCGAGUCACUGGCAUCUCACUUUAUGAUAGGGAAGGCUUCUACUAGGGCACUUUACGUCAGUGACAGCCCCUUAUUUGCACUUCACCUUUGACCACAACUGUUUCCCCAGAGCAGGAGCUUGUGGAAGUACCUUGGAGGAUGCUGCAGCCCACAGCAAGUGCUACUUCCAUCUUGGGAUCCCUUUGGGGGCACUUGCCAGUGGGGGCAUUUGACUUUCCUUGUAACAUGUCAUUACUAACAUAGUAAGGUCUGUGCUGUUCGCCUCGCUUUUAGAAACUCAGUCAUUUUUCUAAACAAAAGGGAAGUACUGCACUCAGUGAUGUCAUUCUGUAGAUCCGCUGUGUUACAGCAGUGAGACACUUGGCACAGGGUGUGACGCACAGUGCUUGGUGUCCAUGAGAGAAACACAGAUAUUUAAAGUGGCAGCUCUGCUCCAUUUGGCGAAAGAUAUAUGGAGGUCACGGCUCCCACCUGUGGGAAGUUUCUGGGAAUGUCCCAGAGUAGAGCUCCACAUCCCCGGUGCGUAUACCCACCCCAAGACACUUCACAUGUGUGCGUUUCAGUAACCACAUCCGAUGCCUGAGGAUUUAGCAGAGAGGAACACUGCGUCUUUAAAUGAGAAAGUGUAGAAUUCUUCUUCCUUCUAUAGCAUGUCAGCACCUCAAGUUCAUUUUUCAACCUAUGAUAUAACAGUUUGUGAUAAAGUCUUCACAAGCUCACAACACGAAGCACUACCCUAUCCAGUACUCGCAAGUGUUUCUGGUGCUGCUGAUCAGACCAUCAGGACCAGUGAGCACUCAGCCGUGUUGGAGCUCUGUCCGUAUUUUCUGAUCUCUUUAAGUACCUGUUCUGCCACUGUGUGCUGUGGAGUUGACUCGGUGUUCUGUCCCAGUGCGGUGGCUCCUCCUGACUCCCCCACUGAUCUCUGUGGUGAGAAGUUUGCCUUGUUCAAUAACUACUGUACCCUCGCAUGACUGUUACAGCUUCCUGUGCAGAGAUGACUGUCCAAGUGCCACAUGCCUAUGAUUGAAAUGAAAAAUCUAUUGUUACCUCUGAGUUGUAUUCCACGGAAAUGCUAUCCAGCAGAUAAUUUAGGAAAAGUUCUAUUUUUAGCUUUUCAUUUCUCAGCUGUCCUUUUUUUCUUGUAUGAUUUUUGACAGCAAUGGAGAAUGGGGUAUAUAUAAAGACUGCCUGCUAAUAUGAACAGAAAUGCAUUUGUAACUCAUGAAAAUAAAUGUACAUCUUCUAUCUUCACUUUCAUGUUAAGAUUUCAGUGUUGAUUUCCUCUGGAUCAGCAUGUCUGAAUGGACAGUCAAGUUCAGUUUGUGCUUAUCACAGAAACGCUCGUGGGCCUCAUUUCGCUGCCCUGCACACUGCCCCUGCACUUUGGUUUACAUAAGAUGAUUUACAUAAAACGUGUUUCUGUAGGGUCCUUUUUUUCUGCAUAGCAGAGAAUCAAUUCUAUCCUGUUCCUUUAUUGAAAUCAUGGGUCUUCACUAUUCUGUCAGACUGCAAUAGAGGAGUCCAAACAUCCCAGGCCUGAUUUUCUAGUUUCUUCUGGGUAUUUCUGUAUGCCGCACAGCUGCUCCUGGGCAGGGUCACCCUCCCCAGCACUGAGGAUUACACCACAUGGGGCUAAAGAAGGAUGGCUGACUCAUCCUAGAAAUCAAAACCACAUCUCACAUCUCAGUUCUGCUCUGAAAUACAUCUUUUCUCUUCCAUGCUCAAAGAGCUACUGUGUAAAGGUCCACACAGCAUUGACAGGAGACAGAGAAUUUGAUCUGAUAACGUUGAUAAGUCAGUUUCCUUUUUCUUUUCUUUUUUUUUUUUUGAGACAGAGUCUCACUUUGUCACCCUCAGUAGAGUGCCAUGGUGUCACAGCUUACAGCAACCUCCAGCUCUUGGGCUUAAGUGAUUCUCUUGCCUCAGCCUCCUGAGUAGCUGGGACUACAGGUGCCCGCCACAGCGCCCGGCUUUUUGUUGUUGUUGUAGUUGUCAUUGCUGUUUUAGCUGGCUGGGGCUGUGUUCAAACCCACCACCCUCAGUAUAUGGGGCCAGUGCCCUACCCACUGAGCCACAGGCGCUGCCCCAGUUUUCAUUUUUAAAAGAGCAUUGACAGUUUUAUUACUUUUGUUUCUUUAUACUUUUUAAAUGGAAUGUUAGUAUUAUUAAGAGACUAAUUUGCAGUCUUCUAAUUAGAAAACCACAGCUUUGGCUGCUAAUACGUGGGGGCUGCAAGCUCUUUUCCAUCCCCCUUGCUGGUAUUGUGGAGUCAGCUUGGCAUGAAACCACUAACUGCAUUCUAGAAUCACUGUAGCCAGGAGUUGUGUGCUUUUUAUUAAUCAUGCCAAACAUAUUUUAAUGGGUCAGCGAAUUGUCAUAAUUGAGAAACCUAUGAAAAGCACUGGCUGUUAAUGUUUGAUAGACUCAUCUUGGCUCUUCUACAUUUGUAAAAAUGUACAGGUCAUCUAAAUUCAUAUCGGUGAUGCCUCCAAUAUCAGUAUGCUGAAAGAAGCUUUCAGACUAAUGGCAUUUUUGGUUUCUUAAAAAUGUAAGCAAAAAAUUCCUGUUGAAACAUUCCAGUCCUUUCAGUUAGUAUGAAACAAAUACCUAACAAGCCAGUCGGGUGGACUGGGGAGGACUCUGCAUGAGCACUCUGUUCUGACACAGUCUUCAGAGCUGGCAGAGAUAUGCAGACCACAGUGGCGUCUGGGUGGGAGAACAUCACUGUGUUCUGUGUGUGGUGCAUGGCACGCGGUGUGUUCACACUCACUGCACACUCCUUCUGCAUCCGGGCACAGGCCGUGGGUGUGAAGGUCACCAGUAGCUUUGAAAAGCUACUCAGGGUUGUUUCUGAGGAAUCAUGAGGGUAUGCUGCCCACACUUCAUGCCACAUAAUAUUCAGACCAUUCAGAAAGACUGUUUUAUCUUUAUUUGCUUAUGUGUUAAUAUGGUUUUUAAAUCGAUAACUUUUAUAUAGUAUGGUAACAGUACGUUAACACACACAUGCAUAUGCACACAUGCUUUGGGUCCCUCCAUAAUACUUUUAUAUUUGUAAAUCGAUGUUUUGGAGUAAUCCCAACUUUAAGGGAAAUAUUUUUGUAAAUGUAGUGGUUUUGAAAAUCUGAGCAAUCCUUUUGCUUAUACAUUUUUAAAGCAUUUGUGCUUUAAAGCUGUCAUGCCGGUGUUGGAAACACGAUGCCCUGCAGUGCCAGCAGGAAGCUGUAACAGUGAGUCUGACCAAGCUUUCUUAUACUGGCACCACCUUGACCGGGUGGGUCGGGAGCUAGUGGGAAUCCAGAGCGAACCUACGAGGGUUGCACCAGGUUUUCCUGAAGCUUGUUGCCUUUUUUUGCGCUGUUUAUCUGUGUAGAGCACUCAAGAAAGUUCUGAAACUGCUUUGUAUGGUUGGUGCCUUCUUGGUAUUGUACCCCAAAAUUCUGCAUAGAUUAUUUAGUAUAAUGGUAAGUUAAAAAAAUGUUAAAGGAAGAUUUUAUUAAGAAUCUGAAUGUUUAUUCAUUAUAUUGUUACAAUUUAACAUUUAUUUGUGGUAUUUGUGAUUUGGUUUAAUCUGUAUAAAAAUUGUAAGUAGAAAGGUUUAUAUUUCAUCUUAAUUCUUUUGAUGUUGUAAACGUACUUUUUAAAAGAUGGAUUAUUUGAAUGUUUAUGGCACCUGACUUGUAAAAACAAAAACUACAAAAAAAAAACCCUUAGAAUCAUUAAAUUGUGUCCCUGUAUUACCAAAAUAA